CCGCCCCGCGCGGCCAUGGCGGCGGGAGCGCGGCGGCGGCAGCUCCCGGCCUGGAUGGGAGCGGCGGGGGAUGAGCGGGCGGCGGCGGCCCCGGCCCCCAAGGCCGUGCGGCGGCGGGCGGCGGCGGGGCGCAGGCCGGCGGCGCUGUACUGCAUGAACGAGGCGGAGCUGGUGGAGGUGGCCCUGGCCGUCCUGGCCGAGUGCGAGGAAAGUGAAGAGAAGGCCCGGUCCAGGAGCGAAGAAGAGCAGGAGUUCCCACCAACACCAAACGAGGCUCCUGGAAGCACGGCCAGCACAGAUGGAGGCAGUGACCACGGUCCGGGACUUCCAUCCCCUCCUGGUGCUGACGCAGAGAGGACAGGAGGGGAGGACUCUGAGGACGAUGUCUUGAAAUAUGUCAGGGAGAUCUUUUUCAGCUAACAGCUUCUCUCUGAAUUCCCAGGAGAAGAGGGCACAAUGGGGAGCGUGUCUCCUCCCGCGGCCCUGAGAACGGUGGGAAGAGGGACUGGAGGGGGCUGUGCAUCCAUCUGCUGUGUUGGUGCCCUGUGUAGCUGGUAGGAUACCCAUGAAGGCCACAGGGACAAAGGAAGAAGGUACACAGUGCUGGGCUCAGGGGGAUUUUUGGGUCCAGAUGUGUUAAUUUCUGUUCCACAUUUCAGAGCAUGGACAGAUUAAAGAGGACAUUUGGA